AUGUGCAAGGAUCCUACUCUUGUCAACCAUGCUGAUAACGACGAUGAUACCGACGCCGACUCCGCCUUUGCUGACGCCACGGGACCCAACGAUCGACAGCAGAUGGAGGGCCUUGAUCUAACACACCAUUGGAUGACGCUGCUCUUCGACGACAAGCUCUUUCUGGCGCCUAUCGGCGACAAUCCACAGCGAAUUCUGGAUGUCGGGACUGGAACGGGGAUAUGGGCAAUCGACGUGGCUGAUAUGCUUCCCUCCGCGGAAUUAAAUUGGGUCUGGCAGCCAAACUACUUCGACUACAUCCACAUCCGCCACUUGGGAGGUUGCAUCGACGACUGGCCCCGGCUCUACGGGCAAGCUUUCUCGCGCCUAAAACCCGGCGGCUACUUUGAGAGCUGUGAUUACGACAUCCAAACGCGCUCCGAAUCCGACCUCGUGGGCCCCGACCACAUCUACACUAGAUGGUACGAGACCCUUUUAGAAGCGAGCGAAAAGUCGGGCCGCAGCUUUCAGUUCCCGCCUCCCCAGGGCAGCAUGAGGGAGCUGAUGGAGAGAGCCGGAUUCGAAGACGUGGUGUACCGGUGCUGGAAGAUUCCGAUUGGCGCAUGGCCUAGGGACAAGAAAAUGAAGCAGCUGGGUCUUUUCACGGCUGAGUUUAUCGACGGGUCGAUUGAAGGGUUUGCGCUCUACCUUUGA